GUGGAACUUUCCCAGCCAUGCAGCCAUGUCUCACCCUUUUUUUUCCAUGGCAACGAAGCGCUAGAAACUCCAUUCUUUAGCCAACUUCCAACCACCACCACCACCACCCCAUCAUUCCCACCUUCCAGCCCAGCCCAGACGUUUGGCCGAGCAACGAAGCCAGACGCAAGGACAAGUCGUUCAGCCCUGGCCAUGUCAUAGUACAAUACCGUGUUAGCAGGGCCUUAAUAGUCAUUCGUUCUAAUUUACAUACUGCUGUUAAUAAUACUAAUUAUACUGCGCCCCUCUCCUCGCUUUACUUUCGUUUCCUCUUCGAGCCCUCAUCGAGCCCUCAUCGCCUGGGCUCCAUGAGAUCAUCGGCAUAGCGCAAUCCCGUCCAAUAGUAACGACUACCACAUAUCUCACCCGCAUCAUUCGUUAUCCUCUACGUUUUACCCUCUCGCGUAUAAUCACGCCGAAUAGGUAUUAAGUAAAUCGCUCGUCGUCGCCGCCGACAAGAUGGGUGGUUUCGGGGACUUCACGGAUAUAUGCCACACGGCACCCUUGCCGUUGUGUCCGUCUGUCGGUCCCGUCACUUCCAUCUCGAGCGGUGUCGGCGUCGAAACCGACUGCUUCGCGCGAAAUAUCGAGCUGGCCAAUACCAUCAUCUUCCAGGGCGCAUCUAGUUUCAUACACAUUAUCGCUCUGGUCAUGACUAUAAUGAUGAUCUUACAUGUCCGAGGGAAAUUCACUGCCGUUGGUCGCAAGGAAAUCUUAGCCUUCUUCUACUUUUACAUGCUACUGUCGUUCAUAUCCCUCUGCGUCGAUGCCGGUGUUGUUCCUCCAGGCUCCGAACCUUAUCCAUACUUCGUUGCCAUACAAUCCGGUCUCACGUCCGCGCUGAUCACCUGCCUAUUAAUCAAUGGAUUCGUCGGCUUUCAGCUCUACGAAGACGGCACCCCCUUGUCCGUAUGGAUGCUCCGGCUCUCCUCCUUUGCAGCCUUUGCUGUCUCGUUCCUCGUAUCGCUAGCCACGUUUAAGUCAUGGGCCGGCAUGGGGCCGGCAAAUACAGUAGGCCUAUUCACGGUUCUAUAUCUCCUGAACGGCGUACAACUCGUCAUUUACGUAGCUCUGCAGAUCUUGCUCGUGUCCCGGACCUUAGAAGACCGUUGGCCGCUAGGAGAUAUCGCCUUCGGCCUCUUCUUCUUCAUUGUGGGGCAAGUCAUAUUAUAUGCGCUCAGUUCCACGAUUUGCCAAGCGACUAGUCAUUAUGUUGAUGGCUUGUUCUUCGCAACAACCUGUAAUCUGCUUGCCGUCAUGAUGGUUUAUAAGUAUUGGGAUUCGAUCACGAAAGAAGACCUCGAGUUCUCCGUAGGUACACGGAUGAAUAACUGGGAAGUGAAAGAGCUUCUUCCCGAGGAAGAACGCCGUGCUACUGUCUAUAUGGACGAGCCUUACGGUCACUCUAGCCCUUACGACCAUUCCUCCUCUCCUUCAAGAAACCGAAUGUCCCGCUAUUAGUUGCCCGGUAUUGCGGAAUCUUCGCACGGCGAGAAGGAAGAAUCCGAGAGAGAAGAUUGCAAGAAAGGAGAGAUUAUCUGCGUCGAGGUGACUUGAAACGUUCAGAAGUACGUUGCAUUUGCGAGGCGUCUUGGUUUGGCUGGUGAGCUUAUGUGGGUUCCAUUGGAGCAGUAGAUGAACAUAUUCAAUAUCAGGGUGUUGGCACUUGCAGCGAUUGCAGGAUUAGGAUUGCAUGCUUAAAAUGGGUCUGAUGUGGAAACUGCAGCGACGACCGAAGUCGAGUAAUAUACCUAUAUAUUGUACAUACCGAGUAUUCAACUAACACGAAUAUACGAAUCUAUUUUG